AUGGCCGGCUGGGAUAGGUAUGGUGAGGACAAGAAAUAUCGGAAAGAUGUCGACUUGAAUGACAAUCCAAAGCACGUUGGUGAGCCUCUUAGAAAGCUGACGCUAGAGGACCGGUUGGAGCUGCGGAGGCAGACUCGUGAGCAGCAAAAGAAGCGGUCUGUGCUCGCGGAGAUCGAUGCCGGCGACGACAGCGAUGGGCUCGAUGACAGACCCGUGAAGAGAACGAAGUCUAGCGGGGAGGGCAGCGGUGAGCAGUCGCCGGACCUGGACAUCGUCAACGUGGCCACCAACGGUAAGACCAACGGUAAAGAAGUCGUGGACCUUGCCGAGGAUGACAUCGGCAAGCGAGCUGCUGCCAUUCGCCGGGCUCGUCGGAGAGCCAUGGCCCAGGCAGCCAAGGCGGCACCGGUGCCUCGGCCACCUGCGUCUGCUGUCCUGGACCCAGAGGUGGAGGUCCUGGAGUGA